GAAGAAGAAAAUAACAAAAUGAGCGGCAGAGGAAAAGGAGGCAAAGGACUCGGUAAAGGAGGCGCCAAGCGUCACCGUAAAGUUCUCCGUGAUAACAUCCAGGGAAUCACCAAGCCCGCUAUCCGCCGUCUGGCUCGCCGCGGGGGAGUCAAGCGGAUCUCCGGUCUCAUCUACGAGGAGACCCGCGGUGUGCUCAAGGUCUUCCUGGAGAACGUCAUCCGUGACGCCGUCACCUACACCGAGCACGCCAAGAGGAAGACCGUCACCGCCAUGGACGUGGUGUACGCUCUCAAGAGGCAGGGCCGCACUCUGUACGGCUUCGGAGGGUCGGUGCUGGACUCGCUCUCAGAAGAGGAUCUGAUUAAGACGUACUUUCAUGACGGCUGCAGUCAUGCAGAAGUUUUGGAUUUCUUGUCAACAGUUCACAAUGUUCAAAUGAGCCGUUGCUCUUUAAAGAGCAAAUUUAAAAAGUUAUCAAUUUUAUGGAAACCAAUGAUGUCAUUCUAGACUGUUUGUGUCUUUUCUGCUGAAGUUUUUCUUCAUUUGUUCUAAUUUUGGUUUGUUGUUAGUCCCAGUUCUGGAUGAUCUGAUGAAUGAUCUGAAGGAGAGACACGUCUAGUGCGGUUUGUGUUCAUGGGUUUGCUGCAAUGUGACGUUGAUGAAAGCAAGGAAAGAUGGACUACAAAUACCAUCAGACCUGCUAAACAGUCUCACUGUUCAUCUGGUAAACC